UUUAGUUUGUAAUACUCGGUACAGUAAGUAUAUGUAGGCCUACGUAUGCCGCAAUGUCCCGUGACUUCCUACCGUCAGAGUUGUUUCAUGCACAAGACAGUAUACAACACAGAUUUCGAGAUGGCCGGACUUUAGACUCGUCUUUGAGAGAUUUACUCAGAUAUCCAAAUCCAGAAGAUCGCCUCCCACGAAUGGACGUCAUGACCUAUGGCGGAAAACAUUUUGUUGUGGAUGGGAAUCGCCGUCUGUACCUGUUGAAAAAACUGGAGGCUGCUGGCUUAGUGGAUACAGUUUCAGUCGACAUGCUACCAUUCGAUUCCUACAAUUUCCAUCGAAAGCAUACAACUGAUUGUGGGGGAGUGUCCAUCCGUAUUCGUAAUGAUUUUUCGAUGGAAUCUAAGAUCAGGAAUAUUAUCCAGCAGCACAUAAAAGAAAAGUCUAAAAAUGAACAACAUGGACGUUAUUCGGGCUCAUCGACCCCUGGACGCCAAGAACGAUCCACAAUGGAUUUUGGUUUUGGAGCACUUAGUCUAUCAUCAAGAACUCAACCGAAAGCGGCUACUAUUGAAGAUCGACAUCUUUAUUCUUUGGGAAAUGUUAAAUACAGAUGGGUUAUCAGAGAAAUUGCUAUGAGUCCCAAGGAAACUGUUUUGAAACUUUGCCGACAAUACAAUACAGACGAGUUAACAACUCGUGGAAUUCUUGAGACGUUGGAAGCUGUUUUUAAGCAGGAGACGAUGUUUGUAACAACCAAACUUAAUAUGGACUUUUGUAGAAAUACAAACGGUGCAUUGCGUUGUGAUCUUUAUCUUGACCAACUUGAAGGAACAUACGAAAAUAUGUAUGAUAUAGUGAAGAGUAUUCACUCACACUUACAGAAAUAA